CUCUUUCCGAAAGGUCCCCCGCUUUCUCUUCCCUACUUGCAGAAGGAAAGGGCUUUUCAUGCUUCAAUGGAUGCCUCAGUAGUUUAUGGUCUGGAUCUCCCGGAUGCACCGAAAGCCCUCGACGUCCCAAAGUCCAAUACAGGGCCCAGAAAUCGUCCCAGCGAUGAGUCGGAGACAAGUUAUACAGACGCUUUUAAAACAUACCUCCAUCAAUGGGUCGAGUGGGAUAAUAAAGUUAUUGAUCAUUUUGAAGCACGGUGUGGCAUCUAUGCGAUCAGGGCUAGCGAGACUCAGUGGCAUUUGAGCGGUGACGGUCGUAGAGAGUAUUUUACUUGCUGGCUACAGGACUUCGAUGUACUGAGAACUUGGUAUAAUGCACAUAAGGUGCACGGGCAAAGGGUUGCAGAGUAUAAAGAGCAUCUGGCACGAAUGAGUCUCGGAGAAUCUGAAGGCCGUAAAUAGUCCAUCGAAUUAAUUUCUCGAAACUUUCGUAGGGCAUAUUCACAGCUGCCAUACAUU